AGACAUUUAUACAGCUGUUUACCUCUUCUUAUCUUUCUACAUUUUCCAAACAAAAGAGUUUAUUGUGAAAACAGCAGAAACAUGGCACAAGUAACAUUUCUGGACAAUCUUUUAAAGGAAUAUUUGGUAUUUCGAGGGUUCUCCUCCACCUUGAAAACACUUGACCAAGAACAAAGGACAGAAAAAGAUCAAAGCUUCCGAUCCGAAAAAUUAUUGGAGAAUUUUAAUCAGUCUAUACAAAACCAUGAUUUGACGGCAUUACGUUCGCUUUGGAACCACUUAGACAGUAAUCUGUUCAGCAAACUGGAACACACUUAUGCCACAGCUGUGAAAAAAUUGGAAAAUAGCCUGUUGAAGCUCUAUCUGGUGACUGCUUAUUCAAACAAUCGAUUAGACAAAGUCACAGAAUUCUUUGCAAAACUCGCACCAGAAUUACAACAGCAAAGCGAAUGGAAGGACUGGUUUUAUUUCCCAUUUUGCAAAAACGCAGAGGAGUCCCCGACAUUUGCUUUAUACUUUUCGAAACAGUGGCAAGAUACCUUACAACUAUCCUUGCGUAACUUCCUUACGACAAUAUAUCAAUGUUUGCCACAACCAACAUUUGUGCGUGCGGAGUAUGAGGCUGCACACAUAAGGCGUCUGCAAGAAGAGAAUGCAUUGUUGAAAACACGUUUACAACAAGUGCAACAACAGCUAACGACUUCAAGUAGUACACAAAAUCUUAAUACUGCCGGCGGUGAUUCCAGUGGUGCGCGACGUCGCACAUCAUAUAGGCCACAGCAAAGCCUAAGUGACAUUUUGCCAUUUGACGUAAGUCCACCCGGACAUGUAGUUGAUGAUUUUUCAGUAAUCUCAUCUGAAGUAAACAAUGUGGCACAAGCAAGUGACGCACAGGCGCGUGGAUUGCGUAUGUUAAUACGUAAUAUUGGUGCGGGUGGUUCACCAGACACUGGCGGUCGUAACGGUGCAAAUGACAAGGCCAACAAACGUCGCUCGGGUAGUGUGGGACGCAAUUGGAUAUGAAGAGAUUUUACAUUAGAGAAUGGAGAAUAAUAAAUAUUUUAAUCAUAAACUAACAUUUACGCCUAAAAUAAAAUAUAUGAAUAAAAUAAUAAUUCCGUACACAUAGCUUAUCGAUAACUCACUAGCAUUAGUUGGAAAUAAAAAUAUAUCAAUAUUCCAUUGUUACACAAAAUAGACUCUUUUUUUUAUUAAAACAUAUUUUAGAUUGGAUCUAAGUUAUAUAAAUUGCACAUUUGAAACUGCCAACUUGUGUUGUUGCAUCUAACAGUGAAAAGGUGAUGUUUUAUAGUUGCUCAAUUUAAAAUUGUUUGUGUGUCUAUAUACGCAUUUGGAUUCAACAUUAUCAUUUAUCAGUGUAUAAUAUUAAAAAUAGCAUAACUUUAAGUUUGUAUUAACUAGUUAGUGUUGUACAUUUAUCACAUGCACCCGUGUUGACGAGACAUUUCUACGUGU